UCCCAUUUCUGCGAAAUCAGAAAUCCCUAGUUCUAAAACCCUCUUCGCAUUUUCCUCUCUGUCUCCACUCUUUUCACUCUGACGAUCGACGCCGACGCCGACGCCAACUACAGGCCGUCGCAGAUCGAGCCUCGUGUUUCUCCAAGCCAUCGCAGCUCGUGUUCCUCCGCCGCAAGUAGACGUCCACCUCCACACUCCACCGCCCACUCCACGCCGCAGAGAGAUGUCAAAUGGUCUUAUAUGGGCAACAGCUGAGGAUAUGGCGAGGAAUAGAGGACGAGUUCUUUCUCUUUAUCGCCAGAUAUUACGGAGCCUCAACUCCCGAAGUUUGCCAAUGAAUUUAGCAGCAAGACUGGCUAAGAAGGCACAGGUUCGUGCUAUUUUCAUGUUGGGUUCUGAGGAGAGAUCCCUGCACAACAUUGAUGACCUUAUUGACACUGCUGAGUACUCUCUUUCCCUUCUACGAAAAGGUGAAAUCCCCAAAUACAUACAAUGACAAGUGUGGCAACCCGUAUCGAGAAGCUCCAACGAGAUUUUCUGUGGGGGGGUUUGGGGGAUGAAUUCAAGUUUCAUUUGGUUAAAUGGAAACAGGUAUGCCGCUCUAUCCCGGGGGGAGGUCUGGGAGUUAGGAACCUAAGGGUUUUUAACCGGGCACUAUUAGGCAAAUGGCUAUGGAGAUUUGCCAUGGAACCAGAUUCUCUAUGGAAAUUGGUCAUUGAAAAGAAAUAUGGAGGCUUAUGGGGAGAGUGGUGUACUAGGGAAGUUAGUGGGGCUCAUGGAGUUGGAUUGUGGAAACACAUCAGAAGAGGCUGGGAGGUGUUCAACCGCUUUGUUAAGCUUCAGGUGGGUACAGGAACCAGGAUUAAAUUCUGGAAGGACAUAUGGUGUGAUAGUAGGGCUUUAAAAGACUUGUACCCCUCUCUUUUUCAAAUGGCAAGUGUAAAGGAUUUAUCAGUGGCAGAUGCUAUGGAGGUGUCGGGGGGACAGAUUUCUUGGAGCAUUAAUUUCGAUAGAGCAGUUCAGGAUUGGGAGAUGAGUAGCAUUGUUGAUUUUUACAGUUUUAUUUAUGCUAUAAGAGUUAACAGCCAGCAAGAGGAUAUCAUGUGGUGGAUUCCAGCAAGAAAAGGAAAUUUCUCGGUCAAGUCUUUCUAUAAGGCUCUCACCCCAGAGUCCAACUCUCAUUUCCCUUGGAGAAAGAUCUGGAGUCACAAGGCACCUCCAAAAGCCUCUUUCUUUGUAUGGACAGCCUCUUUGGGCAAGAUUCUUACCACUGAUAAUCUAAGGAAAAGAAGGAUCAUUAUCGCAGACUGGUGUUGCAUGUGCAAAGGAGAGGGAGAAUCGGUAAAUCAUCUUCUGUUACAUUGCGAGGUAGCAAGGACUCUAUGGAAUGAAGUGUUCGUUCGUUUGGAAAUGGUUU